UUCUACCACAGUGCCCAAGUUUUACACUUAUCUACUUUAUCUACUCUGGAAUGGAGUUUCUUCUCUCGCCUACUCUACAUGAUGGUGUUCGUACAACUAGUUUUGCUACGUUAUGUAUCCAUCUGGUUGAUAGCUGAGGGUUCAUGUGUUCUACUUGGUCUUGGAUGCACUGGCUUUGUCCAUAUUCAAUGCAAAGGGCUUGAUCAAUUGCCUGACUUAAAAACAAACAAGGAUACUGAGACAUUUAGUCGUGAUGGUCCUGUAUUAAAACGUCGUGAUUCCGCUGUGGAAUGGUCUGUGGCGGAUAAUCGUAUCAAGUCUUUGGCUGAUUUAUAUGAUCCAAAACAAGUUGAAGUAUAUGAAGCUCAGCAUACUGCCUGUGCAAAUAUUUCGUUGACACGAUACUCUUUUGCAACCAAUACUGAUGAUCUUGUCGCUGGGCUUAAUAUCAAUACUAACAAAUGGGUUCUAGAAUAUGUCUAUAAACGUCUACGUUUCCUGGGCAAUAAAAAUCUAUCUCAAUUGGUGACAUUACUAUUUUUGGCGAUUUGGCAUGGUACACACAGUGGAUAUUAUAUCAAUUUUGGAGUAGAACUCUUAGUUGUUAUAGUUGAAAAAGAUUUUUUGUCUAGACUGAAGAAAUCAAAGUAUAAUCAUUUCUUCUAUGAAAGUAUUCCUGGACGUGUAAUCAGUAGUGUUUGUGGUAAACUGCAUAUAUGCUUCCUAUUGGCUACUCCACUUGUAGCAUUCUCUCUGUUACAAUUCCAUUUAUGGUUUCCUGUUCUCAAAUCCGUCUACUUCAUUGGAUUCUGGUAUAUGUUUUGGCCAUUCAUCAGAUCUGGAGUGAAAAUCCUAUUACAGUCUCCAGCAUAUAAAUCUCACCUACAACAACAUCCAUCUAAAAUAUCAAUGAUUAAUGGUAAUCUUGAAGUCAGUUUAUCAUCAUUAAAAAAACAAUGAUUAUGAUAGAAAUGAUAUUACCAUGUAUUCAUGUGUAGUGUUUACCUCACCAUCAUGUUUGUGUACAACUCUUUAUGUGCGUAUGCGUGUGGGUGGGUGGGUGUAUGUGAUAAUUUUGGAGACAAAGAAUAACAAACUAC